AUUCACCAAUAGCUAAUGUCUGGAGGCUGUUAGGUGGAGCCUCCCACCCCAAACUUUUGAAUAAAAGGGUUGGUUCUAGAUUUAAGGAGUAAAUAGAGAAAUAUUUGAAAUAUGGGGGAGUGGUUUAGGUUCCUGUAGGGUGAAUUUGUGGAGUGAAAAAUUGGGUUGAAGUGACAGUGAAGAGGAAUAAGGGAAAAAAACAAGGAAAACCCUUGUUUAUUAACUGCUGUGUAAUAUGGCACGGUAAUAUUGCUGUGCGGUACUGGCCUGUAUUUUGUCAACCAUCUCUGAUUUCUAGGGUCAAAAAAAUGAUUGUCAUAGAAUUCUGGGAUUUGGUGUUUUUCUAUAGGUGGAACGAAUACUCCUUCAUCAAGCCUCCACUCCCACCCUGGUAAAUUUCUGUGGUCUCUUUUACAAAUGUGUGAAUGAGUGAUUGGCUUUGGUCUUCUUAGUGGUGGUGGUGGUCUCUUGGGAGACAGGAGGAAUACUGACUCAUUUCUGUAUUUCUCAGCUCUUAGCCACGUGACAACUAAUUCUGAGCAAUAGUUACUUAACCUCCCCAAGUUGCAAUAUGCAUCUUUACUUGCAAAACGGGAAUCACCGUGUCUUUCACAGGGUGGUUGUUAGGUGAAAGCAGAAAGCACAAAAACAGUGCUUGACAUAGUGCCAGGCACGCACAGUAGCUAAAAAAUGAUACUUGUGAGUUUUAAACAGCUACCCUGGGCCAGCGCUUUCUGCCAAGUGCAGGCAAGGAUCGCUCUGUUCAUCAGACACGAAGAAGUCAAACCUUCUGAUCUGGAGUUGGAUCAGUCUUGGAGUCUAAAAUUCAACUCAACCACGCCCCCCAAUCCGCAGCAGGCCACGACCCUGCGCGGCCUUUGCAAGACUACAAGUCCCAGCAUGCCGCGCCCGGAGUCCCGGCAGCCCCGCCCCUUCCGGGGGCCGGAAGGUGGGCGUGGCUCUAGGCCCAGCCUCCUCGCGUUUCCUGGGCGCGCGAUGGAGAGCGGGUGCUGGUUCGGCGGCGAGUUCGAGGACUCGGUAUUCGAGGAGAGGCCCGAGCGGCGUUCUGGGCCGCCUGCGUCCUACUGCGCCAAGCGCUGCGAGCCGCAGUGGUUUUAUGAAGAAACAGAAAGCAAUGAUGAUGUUGAAGUGCUAACCAUCAAGAAGUUCAAAGGGGACCUGGCCUACAGACGACAAGAGUAUCAGAAAGCGCUGCAGGAGUAUUCCAGUAUCUCUGAAAAGUUGUCAUCUGCCAAUUUUGCCAUGAAAAGAGAUGUUCAGGAAAGCCAAGCUCGGUGUCUGGCUCACCUGGGAAGGCACGUGGAAGCCUUGGAGAUUGCUACAAACUUGGAAAAUAAAGCAACGAACAUAGACCAUUUAACAACUGUGCUCUACCUCCAGUUUGCCAUUUGUUCAAGUUUGCAGAACUUGGAGAAAACAAUUUUUUGCCUGCAGAAACUGAUUUCUUUGCAUCCUUUUAAUCCUUGGAACUGGGGCAAAUUGGCAGAGGCUUACCUGAAUCUGGGGCCAGCUCUUUCAGUGGUGGUUGCGUCAUCUCAGAAACAGAGCAGUUUUACCUCAAGUGACAAAAUUAUCAAAUCCUGCUUUCCAGGCUCAGGAAAAGACUGCCUGUUGUGUUUCUCUGAAACCUUGCCUGAGGGCUUGACUUUCUCUAUGGACAAAAGUAGCAGUAAUAGCCAGAAAAAUGAGAAAGCUCUUAAAAAUAUCCAAGACUGUAUGGCAAAAAAGAGAGAAGCUGUGUUGCUGGAGAUGCAGAUGAAAGCAUGUGCCUCUUUCAUACGAACCAGGCUUUUGCUUCAGCUUACCCAACCUCAGCAGACAUCGUUUGCUUUAGAGAGGAACUUACGAACUCAGCGGGAAAUUGAAGAUAAAAUGAAAGGCUUCGGCUUCAAAGAAGACACUUUGCUGUUGAUAGCUGAGGUUAUGGGAGAAGAUAUCAUCCCAGAAAAAAUAAAAGAUGAAGUUCAGUCAGAGGUAAAGUGUGUUGGCUCAGCAGCCCUGACUGCCUUGGUGACCACAUCCUCCAAAGAAUUUGAAGACAAGUGGUUCAGAAAGAUCAAAGACCAUUUCUGUCCCUUUGAAAAUCAAUUCCAUGCAGAGAUACAAAUCUUGGCUUAGCAGUCCAUUGAAAAACAAAACAGAAAACAUUUUGCCCAGUAUUAAUUGUCUUUGUUUACUUCAGACAAGGAUCCAUUGCUAAUCAUGGAAUAUAGAGAAUUAAAAAUGAUUAUUUAUGUUUUAUA